AUAGUGUGAACGAGUAUGCGCGUGAUCGCGACCGUUAGAAAAUUGCGCCAUUUUUUAGUUAUAACCAAGAUUAUUUUUUAAGUUGUGUAGUAUUAUGAAAAAUAUUCAUGAUAUUUUGAAACGUAAUACAUGUGCAGUUUAGUGAUAGUGCGAAUUUUCAUUUAUGUGAUUUGAACAAAAUUCUAAUUACAUUUCAUAAAAACGUAGUAAGAGCUUCGUAUUACACGAGGCAACAUUUUUACCGGGUUCUUUUAAGAAGAGCACUUUUUUUUGUAUAAACAAAAUGUCGGUGGAUGCUUUGAGCGAUUCAGAAUUGCGAAGUAAAUUGAUGGAAUAUGGAUAUCCUGUAGGUCCCGUAACACAAACCACUAGAAAAAUUCUUGUAAAAAAAUUAAAAAAUCUCAUUGAAACUCGAGGCGGUACAGGGUCACGACAUUCAUUAGCUGCCAGGUAUAGCAGUGAAGAUACAGAUGAUGAUACAAGUUCAACAAUUAAUAAAAAGAAAAAAGCAACAGUAAAUAUUAGAAGACAAACUCUAGCAAAUCCUAUGCCUCCACCAGCAUCAGUUUUAACAUCUUCUGAUGUAAACAUAUCAAAAAGUCCAAUUAAAGAUAAAACAACGCAUUCUGAAUUUAAAGAUCCUAUAAUACCAGAUUAUGAUAGUUCUUCACAAUUUACAACCCGUACAAUAACAAAAACUACUCAUAAAAAAUAUACAAAAACAAAUAAAUCAAGUGUAACUGAUGGCUUAGAAACUGGUUCAGAUUCAGAUGUUAUUGAAGAACCAAUUAAAACAUAUUCUCCAUCUAAAUAUUUAUCUAACACAGGAAAAUUUCAAGAACCUAAAAUCUAUGAGCAUAAUAUUUCUGAUCAAGAUCAAAUUCCAAAAUCAUAUGAUUCAAAACCAAAAUCUAUUCACAUAGUGAAAGAUAAUAAAUAUAGUGAAUCACUUUUUGAUUCAAACAUUUCUCCAAUACAUUCAUUAAAUGAAGAUACAUGUAUAAAAGAUAAUACAAAUCAAAGAGAUCUUCUGGCAAAUUAUGAAACACCAUUCUUAUCGGAAUUUACUAGGAGAUUAAGUUCACGAUCAUCCAUUAAUUUACCAUCUACAUCUUUAUCUACGUUAAAAAGUCCAUCACGAUUUACAUCAAAUGUACCAGAUUUAAAAGAAAAAGAUUCAAAUGGCCAUUUUUCUUCUUUAAGAUCAUUAUAUCCAUCAUCUAGUUCAAGUUCUAGACAUACAACAUCAUCUACCGAUAGAUCUCGAGAAACAGUGAACAGAAUGUUUAAACAAUCACCUACAAAUAGAGAAGAUGUACGGAAUAAUCACAAUAUGGUAUCUGUAAUUCUUGUAGUAGUACUUGCCUUAUUUUUUGGAAUUCUUGCUGUUAUAUACAUGGGACUUGGUGGAAAAACAGAAACUUUUUCAUCACUUUCAACGGAUAGCAACAUACCAUUAUGUUUUGUUGGAGAUGACUAUGAAUUACCUGGAGUUAAUUGUGUAAUGAAAGAAAAUGUAGAUUCCGUAUUGCAAUUGUUGAAGAAACUUCAACCUAUUUUAACAAAAAAGGCUGUAUCCAUGAUAUGUGAUAAUUCCAGUGAAACUCCUUAUUUAACUGAUUCUGAGAUCAUGCAAAUGUUUACAAGUAAUAAAGUGACAAGCUUGGAAGUAAAAGAAGAUUUACAAAAUGCACAGUUACUUGUCAUAAAAAAUCCGAAAUGGGGAAUUUCUCUUAUAGACAUAAGUGAUGAUAAUGGAAACUCCGGCAAUGUUUUGGAUUCUUUGGAAGAAUUAUUUUCUACUCGUCUAAAUGGGAAAGUUGGAAUGGUGAUAAUGAAUCCAGAGUUACCAAUGCAGUGUCUUGUUAAGAACAAACUUUUCACCAUAUUUUCUUCUCUUCUAAUUGUGUCACUUGGCCUUCUAGCAGCUAUAGGAAUGCAGAAAUUGUUUGUUUGGUAUAUAAGAUACAAGAAAAGUACAGAGAGAGAAGUUUUUAAACUUGUUAGUGAUAUUAUUAAUAUGGUUGAGAUGCACCAUCAAAAUGCAGCAAUUAGUUCUCCGGGCAGUACACAAGAAAGCUUUCUUGCUAUAAAUCAUAUACGUGAUAAUCUUAUACCUCCUAAAGAUAGAAAAAAAAUGGCUGGACUUUGGGAAAAAGCAGUAAAAUUUUUGGAUGAAAAUGAAUCCAGAAUUCGAAGAGAAGUACAACAAGUUUCAGGGGAAGAAUUUCACGUAUGGCGCUGGUUGCCUAAUAAUAGUCUUAAUAAAUCUAACAGUCAAAAUUUUGUUUUAAAUAAAAAAUCUAAAGUGUGGCAAGGUCAAGCUUUUGAAACAAUGGAAGGUUCUGUUAAUAGUUUGACUUGUUCACCAACACCCUGUUUAAAAAUAAGACAUAUGUUUGAUGCAGAUGUAGAAUUUGAAGAUGAUUGGGAAACAAAAGUUCAAGAUGCUAUUCUAGAGAAAUGUGGAGAAGGUGUUAAAAUUCUUCACAUUCGUGUAGAUCGCGGUAGUCGAGAAGGUUGUGUUUACAUGAAAUGUAUGUCACAAGAAGAUGCAGGAAAAGCUUAUAGAGCUUUACAUGGUUGUUGGUUUGAUGGUCACUUAGUAACUGUAAAGUACCUGAGACUAGAGAGAUAUUACGAGAGAUUUCCAGAUGCGCGUCGUUGUACAACACCAUUAAAACCAAGUAACAAUCAACGAUUAUCUAUGCAAGCAGAUUAUUAGUAGAAAUGUGGAUAUAAAUUGACGAAAUACCUCUUCGCUUGUAUAUAUACAAUUCUCAAACAGAAUUUGAAUUUUUUCCGCUGAAAUAAUUCUUUGCGGACCAGAAUUCGCAAGAUUUCUAUUUUUUGCUCUAAAAAAGAGUAGAAUUUCGUACUACUGCGCAGAAGUAUAGAAUUUGAGACUUGCGAUUGUGUAAUAGAAUUCUGUAAAGAAUCGAAUGAACAGAGACUUUUUUAUAAGCAUUUUUGUUUUGAUUAUGUUAUAUGACCUUUUUUAAGGUAUGAAAGUCGAAAAAAUAAGACUCAAGAUUAUACUAUUUAUGAAACUACUGUAAAAUAAGUGCGAAAAUAUUAUCAUUUUAAAUGUUGCAUUUUAUGGACAGUUCUUAAGUAGCAAUAUACAAAUUUAAGUAGCAUAUCCAAAUUAUUGUACUACAUAUAUUUUUAUUGUGUGUCAAAGAAAAAUUAAUUUAUGACGUAACAUCAUAUCAUGUUGAUAUAGGCGAUAAUUUUUUUAUAAAUUAUUAACAAAUUUUUGUAUUAAUAUUCAGUAAAAUAAUUAAUUUUGUUUAUAUGAAUAAUAUAUAUAAUACUUCAUUCUUGCGAAUUUCAUAAAAUAUAUAAAAUAUAAGUCAAAUGUAAAAAAAAAUUAAUUAUUAAAAAAAUUAUUUUAUUAAUUUUUAUUCUAUUAAUUAAAAUUAUUAAUUACUAAAAUAAAUUAUUAAAAAAUCAAAAUACUAAUAUAUAUAAUAUUAAAAUAAUAGAAAAUGAUCUGAAUUUGAUAAUUACAGUUAAUAUAAUAAUAUGUAUAUGUAUAUAAAUUAAUCAAAUAUAUAUAUUAUUUUUCAAUAAAUAAUACAGGAAAAUGAUUUUCAAUUUUUUGUGUGUAAAUACAGUUUAUUUUAUGUUUCAUAUCAAUGAUUUAAUACUUUUCUUUUAUGCACAAUUUCAUAUAACUGCUAAUGUAUAUUGCUACUUAAAAUAAAAAAUAAAUUAAAUUUUUGUAUUUUUUGUAUCUUUCAAUAAUUUUUUAUAUAUGUUUCUUAAAAAUGAAGUUCUGAAGAUAAUAUCAGACUUCUUCAAAUUAUUUAUCGUUACAUUUUUUUUGGAUAAAUAAUAUUAAAUGCAUAAAUUUAAUUAAUUACUAAUUGAAAUAAUUAAUGAAAAUAUAAUAGUAUGAAAUACUUUUGAGAAUAAUAAUACAUUACAGUACAAACACUCUCAUUCACUCACUCACUCACUCAGUCAAUCAGUCACACACUCUCUCUCUCUCUCUCUCUCUCUCUCUCUCUCUCUCUCUCUCUCUCUCUCUCUCUCUCUCUCUCUCAGAUCAAUAAAAAUCAAUAUUUUUAUUUGAAAUAUUCAAUAUAAUUUAUGUAUGAACAUUUCAUAUUUUUUUUCUAAAUUAUAUAUUACAUUUUCAUAUGUCAAGUUUAACAAUAUUUGAUAUAAAGGAAUAUAUUUAUGUCAAUAAUUUGAUGUAUACAAAUGAUAGUAAUAUUAAUGGACAAAUUAUAUGUAUAAUUUUAAUGUGAUUUAAAAAAAUUGAGAUAUAUUGAAUAUUUAAACAUAAAACAGCACAUAGCAAAUAAUAUCUAUAAAACAUCUAUAGAUCCAAAGUGCACAAAAUUUUUGAAUAAUUAAGACAAAUUUGAGAACAAUAGCUUUUAAUUAUUAUAACAAUACAUUUAAUAAUAAUGACAAUAUGUUGAUGUCAAUGAACAAAAGUUGAUUAUAAUGAUUUUAAGAAUA